CGCCCGUACGCUUGACCCGAGAUCCAAACCCCAGGCCUCGCCACAUCUCUGAUCUCUCCCGCGCCGGGGCUAAUGGAGUUGGCCACGGCCGGCGGUUCCACCGCCACCGCCUCCACGCCGGCCUGCCCGCCUGUCCCCUCCCGGCCGAUGGACCCCGACUUCCUCAGCUGGGUCCUGCAGCCCCCGACCCCCUCCUCCUCCCGCCCCGACGCCGACUACGCGGCCCUCCGCCGCCUCCUCCUCCGACGCAAGCCCUCCUCGGCGCUCCAGCACCGCAUGGAGUGGCGGUGCACUGGCAGGGGCUAUGUUGCCUACCGCAACUUCCUCCUCCGCCGCAUCGACGGUGGCGCCGCCUCCAGCAGCGCCCACAGCACGCCGAGCAACAGUGGGAGAUGGGCUCCUUCUCCUGCCCAUGCUGCAUUGUCCGAGGCAGACAGCUGGAGUUCUAUCCGGGACUGGAGAAGUAACAGUGGACCGUUAACCGGCAAUAUAAGUAUCAGCUCAAAGCAGAGUGAUCCUGAGCGUCAUGUCAGAUUUGCUGAGCCUGCAUACUCAUUUGUUGGCAUGCAUUGCAUCUUUGAUGACUGCAAAGCAACAGUUACAAUAUUGAAAUUUGGUCGCGCAAGUUCAGAUCUGCUUGCAUAUGGUGCAUCUGAUGGCAGUUUAACAGUCUGCCAGGUUUCCGACCCACCAUCUGUUCUUAAAAAAUUAAUAGGGCAUUCUAAAGAUAUCACAGAUUUUGAUUUUUCAUCUAAUAACCAAUACAUUGCGUCCUGCUCCAUGGAUAAGACUAUGAGAGUAUGGGAGAUUUCAAAAGGCACUUGUAUCAGGGUUGUAUAUGGGGUUUCUUCCCAGCUAUGCAUAUGCUUUCAUCCUGUAAAUAAUAAUUUACUUUUAGUUGGCAACGCAAACAGGGAGAUCAAUGCCAUUAAUUUUAGUACUGGGAGAAUAGUCAGCAAGCUUACCUUUGAUGAUGCAGUUACUGCUUUGGAUAUUGAUCACACUGGACAACUUAUUUUUGCUGGUGAUGCUCAGGGUUGCAUAUAUACUGUCAGUGUGAAUUCACACACAGGUUCAUUAUCUAGAACUCAUAAGAACAAGAGCAAUAAGACAAAGUCUCCUGUUACAACCAUUCAAUACCGCACCUUCUCUCUGGUUGCACGUUGCCCAGUCCUCCUUUCUUGUGUUCAAAAUGGAAACCUGUUUUUCUUCAGCAUUGCAACAGAUUCCAAGGGAUACUUGACCCUCAUAUGCUCUCUAAAAUUGGCGUCACCUGUGCAGACCAUCCGUGCUUCUUUCUGUCCCCUCCUUUCCCUUGAGAAAGGAGAGUUCAUUGUCACGGGUAGUGAGGAUGCAAAUGUUUACUUCUACGAUUUGGCACGGCCAAAGAACUCGUGUGUAAAUAAACUGCAGGGACAUGGCUCUUCAGUAAUUGGAGUGGCCUGGAAUCAUGGGGAAAACUUGCUUGCGUCGUCUGAUUCGGAUGGUACAGUUAUUGUAUGGAAGCGGGCAAAAAACUAAUUAGAGUGGAGUCUACAUCACGAAAAGUUGUUUAUAUAGAAGGUGAUCGUUUGGGUUUUUCAUAUUUACAAUCGAAAAAAUAUAAAUAAAACAUUUAUACAUGUAUUCUUAGCGAUAUAACAGACAAUG